UUUUUCUAAAAUGCCUCUGGUUUUGUUUCAGGACUGUACAAGAAAUCAGGCAAGUUAGUAUUUCUUGGCCUGGACAAUGCUGGCAAAACAACACUACUGCACAUGCUCAAAGAUGACCGAUUGGGACAGCAUGUGCCAACUUUACAUCCAACCUCGGAAGAGCUGACAAUUGCUGGCAUGACUUUCACAACCUUCGAUCUUGGAGGCCACGCACAAGCCCGAAGAGUGUGGAAAAACUACCUCCCGGCCAUCAAUGGCAUUGUGUUCCUUGUGGAUUGUGCAGACUUAACUAGAUUGGGCGAAUCUAAAUCUGAACUUGAUGCAUUAAUGACAGAUGAGACUAUUGGAAAUGUGCCUAUUCUGAUCCUGGGCAACAAGAUCGACAGACCAGAGGCCAUCAGCGAGGAGAAGCUGAGAGAAAUGUUUGGAUUGUACGGACAGACGACAGGAAAGGGCACAAUUGCCAUGAAGGAGCUGAACACAAGACCACUGGAAGUGUUCAUGUGCAGUGUGUUGAAGAGGCAGGGCUACGGCGAGGGCUUCCGCUGGCUCUCCCAGUACAUCGACUAAAGCAGCCACGCCCCGUAACACCGACACCACCACCAUCAUCAGGGGGGCGCUAAACCCGACCACUCAAGACGCCCAGCAAUGCCACCCGCACCAUCAUUCUCAGCCCCAUGUUUGGUUAAACAAGUCUGCCUCCACCUUCAGAGAGACCAGUUCAACUUGAUCCCAAUAGACUUUUAUUGGUCGAACAUUUGGUUCCGCACUUGCAGAAUUCAUACCUGUACGUGCACACACACACACACACACACACACACACACACACACACACACACACACACACACACACACACACACACACACACUCAUUUCCAUCUUUGUCUUUUUCUAAGGGAGUAUCAUAGCGUUGGUUCGACAGCAAAGGGGUUUCAAAUUCAAAUGGAUGAAUCUUUUCUAUAUUGUGUCUUUUGUUUGCUUUCCUCUCUCCCUCCCUCCCUUCCUGCCAUCUGUUGAGUGUGAUGAUAGAUUCAUUAUAACUGUAAAUCAGAACAUGAUUCCAUCGCUUUAUCAACAAUCCCAGCUGCCUCUUCAUCUUAGUUGGAGCUACGAGAGAGCAACAUAGUUGUAUCCAUUGCCGUACACUUUCUUUUUUCUUUGUAACAGUAAAGUCAUUCAUUCCAAAGUUGUAUUUAACCAACACAUUUUGGUUUGUCCUUUUUCUUUCUUUAAUUUGUUUUGACAUGAUUUCAGUAAAUAAACAGUGUGGCCACGUAUACAGCCGUCACUAUGAAUGUGUGCCUGUUUUCACCCAUUUAUUAAAAUGGAACAGUGCAUUUAUCUUAGUGUAUUUUAGGUUUCUUUGAAGAUAAUACUUUUGUUCCUGACUUCUAUCUUAUGGGCACAGUAGAAUUGAAUGGAUUCCAGUAAGCUAUGAUGGGCUCCCCUUUUUUAAAGAGAAGCAUAGUAAAGCGGUAGUAAAGCGGGUGGAUGAAGAAUUUUAAUAGAAAGUAAUACUGGCUAUAACCCUGCAAGGUUUGAGGAAAUCGUGUAGAUAGCACAAUGAUCAGUGGAUGUGACGAAAACUAUUUAAGUAAAUGAAACGUUGGGACAAAUAGCUUGAUAACAUGCAGUAAGCGGUGAAGGGAGGAAAGAUGGUUGUAACACCUAGUAAUCGUCAAUGUAAGGAGUCCAUCCUACAGAUAUAUUUUCUGGCCUAGACCUUUGUACAGGGUGAAUCUAGUGACCAAGAGUAGAUAACGGAGGGCACAGUCCCACAGCGGGAACAGGUAGAUAGGCCUCAGACACCUCUAAGAAAGGGACCAUAUGAAGUGUACAUGAACAUCGUACGCUGAUUUUGUACUUUAUCAGUGGUAUCCUUUUGAUCUAUGUGCAUUACCAGAAACUAUUAUGCAUGCCUUGUUCUUUUGAUUUUUAUUGACCCUUAUUCCAGAGUACAACAGGAGGGAAAAGAUGCCAAAAUGUACAAUGAGAGCUGAUCUGUCCCUGUCCCUUAUUGUCUCUUUCAUUCCCUCAUGACUAAGUGAUGAGCUGUUUCAACAAGGGUGGGACUUGCUGUUGUUUGCAUCAUUAAAAUGUAAUAAAUGUUUUCAAUGAAUAACAGGCUUUAACAUUGAUCCAAAAUGCAGACUGAUUUCUUUUGUCAAAUUAUUUUGUGAGAUUAGCCAUGGAAAAAGUAUUCAUUUUCUC